CAUCCAGAAAAAAUGGCAACAACUAAUUAGAAAACGGUCGUCCGCUUUAAAGAACACAAGCAGACACCAACGAACCCUGAAAGGACAACAUUAUUUGAAUGCAAGUUGUCUUUGCUUUUUCAGUCUGGCCUGGAGUUUGCCAGAAAUUAUCCCUGAAGGUGUGGCUGAAGAAAAUCUGGGGACUGACGCAAGCAGUGGAUCGUCACAUUGUUACUAAAAGCAGCUGCCACGGCCAAGACACAUACUUCCUAAAAUGUCUCUGUUCAAGUGGGUUGUUCUGGGCCUGCUCCCACUCAUCAAUGGAUUUGUUCUGCUCAAUGACCACCUACAAUCAUCUGAGAUGACAAGAACAGCCAUGGAUUCUGAAAACCUCCACAAUGAACUGCCAUACAGCACCCUGCACCUGGAAGAGGCCGAAGCAGCACUUGAAAAGUCAAUGCUGUUAAAUACAGAUCUAAGGAUGGAAAAACUGAAUCCUGCUAACUACAGAGCAACACGGGCUGCACAGGUGGCUGUACACUAUUUGAACUAUAAGCAAGGCAGCUUAUUCUGCCAUUUUAGUCGCAGAAAAAUUGAAAAUGCCACCUUAGAGGAAAUAUCUGGAGUUGGAAACAAGUACUUUUUAACAUUUACAGAAGAUGAGACACCAAACAAACAUGCCACAGGGGUACACACUGCUGAAAUACUCUUUAGACACACUAUAACAAAAAUGGCACCAGAAGUGAACAGUACAUAUAAUGGCUGUGUUAAAAACAUUUCGGAAGAUGAAAACACUUUUUAUGUACGUAUGAGGAAGCAGCACCAACUUGUGGCUGGGAAAUAUAUUCCAGAUGGUCAUGGUAACAUCCCUAUUGAAAUGGAACCAUUCUGGCACCUUGGAUACACUGCAUCAAGCUAUAUUAUGUGGAAGGAAUCCAAUGAAUCAACUCUUUUUAAUAUGGAAACUGUUCUUUCCUUUCAACAACUGGAAACAGAAAAUGAUAGCCUUGCCUUUGAUUAUGUUGUCCUACUGCAUGAGAUGGUGUCUCAGGAGGUAACUCAAUGGACAAUGCAAGUGUGCUGGAGCCCUUUCCAAGGAGUAAAAGUGCUGCAUUAUUCUCAAAGCUCAGAAAAUAUUCAGUUUCCUGGAGAUGCAAAGGCCAUAAUGACUCCAGCAAGCCUUGACAAAUGAAUGUUAAUGUCUUCACCAAUGUUAACACUACCUAAAAUUUACCCUCUUUAAUUCUUAAAACAAAUCAAAAAAUUUUUAUACAUAUAAAAUUUAUCUUAGGCAUUCAACCACUUCUUAAACUGAAACCUGAUUACUGUAUAUAGAGUAAACACACAUAAUAAUUAACACUUAUAAUUAAGUGGUGCAAAAUAAGGUGGCAACAGGGAACAAAUACAGUGUUGAGACAUAAGGCCGCAUUUUACAAAAAAAAAAAAAAAAACUAAUUAAGAAAAAACAGAUGUGUACAACUAAUACUCACGGCACAGCUGAAGAAAUGCACUCUCUGAAGGCCACCUUUGGCUUUCCCAGGACACAAGAACAACUGUAUUCCCGUUCCAUUCUCUAAAAGAAAAUUUUAUUGCAAACUAUUCAUUUAACCUAAACAAAAGUUUCAUACACUGCACGUAGCUAGCCUGAGUUUUACGAACGUUAUAGACAAUAACUAUAACUGAAAAAAAAUUCCUAUACUGUUAAGUAUAAUAAAUACUUGAGGUUGGGGGGGGGGGGGGCACACAGCAGAUCAUGAAAAUAAUGGAACUUCAAUACUUAUUUUGUUAAUAAAUUUAAAACCAGUAACCUCUAUGUUUUAUCUUCACCUUUCUCAACCAAGUGUAAAUUCUACUCAAGUUACCUGAUAGAACAUUGUUCCCUUAAAGCUGGGUGAGUUGGAAGUUGGACAAAACAUGAAUUCAUACCAAUAUAAAAUAAUCCCAAUAGCCAAAACUGAACAGAUGUCACUAUACCCUUUAUUUCCUAGGCCACAUAACAGUUCAAAACAUGUCACAAAUUUAGCCCUUCCAAAAAUAGUUGUCUACAUAUAGUCUUACAUUUUUUGCUACAAAUAAAUACUUAUAUCAAGACCUAUUAAAUUACAGUAAUUCUGUAUUUUUACACAUUUUAAAAUAAAAAAUGCAUUUUAUUUGUAUAGAUUGUGCAUUCUAAAAUCCCAGACAUUUUUUCCCCAAAAACUGCUGGUACAUUGACAGUCUAGCAACUACUCCUUAAAAUGUCCUGUCAUGUAGAUUAUUCAUCAUUAAAUGAUAAUUUGAUUCUAUUUUCAUAAAAGAAAUAUUUUCAGUAAACAUUUACAUAACUUACCUGUGCAUAAAUUUCUAGAUGCAGUUCACCCAUUCCUGAGACAACUGUUUCUUUACUUUCAGGGUCAUAAUGUAUUCUAAAAGUAGGGUCUUCUCUUGUGAAACGAUUUAAUCCCUUGGAAAAUUUGUCAAGGUCAUUCUAAACACAAAAAAACUACGAGAUUAAAUUUCUUAUAUAAUUUAUUAUUCAGGAAUUAAUUUAAUCAAAUUCAAUACCUCAAAGGAGUUUUGUGCGUAAAAGAUGAUAUAAAUAAAAAAAAGGUCCCUUUCUCUGCUAGAUUUUUGACAUUUUACUCAACAUGAUGUUGCGCUUGGCAAUAUGUAUCAAAUACAAACUGUAAAAUUAUGAAUAUCUCAAAAACAAUUAUAAGUCAAAAAUACAUGUUUAAGGUAAUACCCAAUUAACUGGUCAUUUCAUUAUUAUUCCCCCUCCACCCCAUGCAGAACUUAUUAUUUAUCCAAUGUGGCAACUUCAAUAUUGAUUAUAGGAACCUUUGUGUUUUGAGGAACAGGAUACUCACAUUGUUCAAGGGCUUCAUAGAGACUGAUAUUACUGGAUCAGGAACAUGAAUGGACUCCUACAAAAGAAAUAAAAACACUGAUAUUUAAUAGAUACUGAGUAGGUUACAUAUACCUACCUACCAAUGGGUGUCUCCAUAAUUAAAACAAAAAAAAAAACUAAAUGCAAUCAAAACAAUUCUACUAACCAUAGAUAAACUGGAAGUUGCUCGUGCAGUAAAUGUGUCUCCACUGGCACAAUCGAUUCCAAACAAGGCACAAAUAUCACCAAAAUAAACUUCAUCGACAUCCUAGAAUAUAAAAUUAAAUAAUUGUAAAAUCAAAUUCAGCUUUAAAAACUUAUCUUACUCUAUGUGUGUCUAUAUAUACUGUGUAUGUUUUAGAUCUAUUAGGGCUGUCAGAGUGAGCACCACUAUUCAAAUAUAAUUUGAAUUUAUUUUAAAAAAGGUCUUAUUUGAAGGCAAAAGCUGACAAUCGAUUACAAAAGAAUGGUUGUUUGUUUUACUUGCAAUAAAUUCUGGCCUUGUAUUAUUUCUGACAUGCUAUUCAAUGCUGCGCUAUUUUACUUGUUUGUUUUUGCAUUUCACUUCCACAAUCAGCCUUUUAGUAAUUUUGAAUGGUUAGUCCGAGUAAAACAAAGCCAGACCACAUUUUUCUAAUUGCUUCUCUGACGUCCUAAAAGUAUGAUUAUGUAUCUGAUUCUGUCCCAUGCACUCUUAAACUUGAGGUCCAUAAUUGUUUAAUGCUAAUACUUUCUCAUUAAAGCAAAUAGAAAAUAACUCAUAAUUCUGAUUUUCCAUUUAUUACAACUAUUUCAAAUCUCCAUUUUAAAGAGCAUUAUCAGUGUCAGCCAACACACCAUGUCCCAAAAUUACUCUAUCUUACAUAGGAAUGUUUUUUUAAAGCUGAUAUCAUGUUACUGGAUCAGCCAAUUUUGAUUCUGUUUUUUCCUUUCUUUAUAUCUUUAAAAACAUUUUAUACUAAGCUCUUGCAUAGCCAGAUGUAGAGAUUCCAUAUGUCCUAUAUUAGACUUGUAACUUGGGUAUUUUUAUAAUUAAACUACAGACCACAGGUGUUACCAGUGAAUUUUAUUUAACAAAAUUAAAUUUUGUAGGCAUAUUUUUCAGUGACCAAACAAAUACUAAAAUAAAUUAAAUUUACUUAAAAUGCAUACUUUUUAAAGUAAUAAAAUGUGUACAGAAGAUACCUUCUCAUAAUUCCAAGCUGCAAUAUUGUUUAAUUUCUUCUGUAAUGUAUUUAUCUGAGACAAAUCUUAAUUUAAAAAGUAGCUUUCACUAUAUGUCUAACAAAAAAAUAUAUAAAAUAUUAAUUUUCUCACACACCGACUCAAAUAAUUGAUUUUGGCAGUUAAACACUGCUUAAAUGUAAAUAUACAUGCACUUAUACGUUUUAAUCAUUUUAAUCAGCUUUUGUAUGCUGUUAAAAUAAACAUUUACUAUAUAUAGUUGUUUUUCCCCAGUGCACCAGCUAGACAUUUCUGAUUUUUGAGGUGUACUUAUUCAAUUUUAAUAAUGCAGUACUUGUUUCUUAGCAAAACCGAUACUGUUUGACACAAUUAAAUAAUACACACAGUACAAAUCUUAAAAAAACAACAAAUCUAUUAAAUAUUUGUAAGACAUUUAUUAAGAAGAUACAAGCUAACAUGCAUAAAGUGUUUACAAGUAAAACAGAGUAAUUUUGAAGUAAAGCUAACAAGUCUCUUAUUUACUAAGCAGCCAUUUCAAACUCAUACUGUAUCUUUUAAUUUUGUAAUUGAAAAUGUAAGCGGCUAUACUUAACACAAGCUCAUUCACCAUCCAAACUCUGAAAAGCAGUGUUCACUUUAAUUAAAGGAUAAAAUAAAAAGGUUUCAAUUAAUUAAAGCAGCUUUUCUUGGUGUUUGUCCAAUUGCACAAGAUGAUUCCUCCGAUUCCUUUUUCUCAGUUUAUUACUCGACUUUCUUUAAUGUAAAGGCUAAUAUUCUAAUCAUCCCUACAUGCGUACGGCGGCCGUUCUCAUCCCUACCACCUUUGCCAUCACUUCCCCUACCUCUUCAUAUCUUAAAUCAUUCUUGAGGCAGAUUGAAGACUCAAGUGCCAGCUUAAGUCAAAAAUUAAAGAAAACGUACUAAGUAAUUGCAACACAAACACUGACUUAAACAGUUUUAACAUGAAAAGAUGCCAACGAAAGAAGAGAAGAAGCAGGCCGCUAGGGUGGAGAAAAGAAGAGCUGCUCAGGAAGCAGCAAGCGCAUCAACCUCCGAGCAAACGAUGCUAAACGUACAGAGAGUAUGAAAACUAGGAAUGCUCAAGUCAAGUGUAUUCACUGCAUGUUAUCGUGCAGUGCACCACUACUGGAAAGGUAUAAUUAAAAAUAUCCAAGGCACUUUUAAUAAAAUAUAGCUGUAUCUGUAAAGAGGAAAAAAGUAAAUAGAUUGCAAAAGUAUCUACUCAGGGUCCACACGAUCACAGUAGGUGCCAAUAGGCUUUUUAUUCUGAAAGUGGCGAUAUAAACAAUACCCUGUCACUGCCAGUUGGACACCUCCAAAAUAAUAAAAUGUCCACCUUCUACCUACCGGCCUCUUGCCUGUUCUUUUACUUCAUUCCUCUACUCACCUUGUCUUGGUCUACAUAACUAACUGACCAGUAUUCCUCUUGAUCCUCAAGAGAACACUGAGCCAUCGAGCCAUAAGAGCAUCCAUGAAAAUGAAUUUAAAUGCUUAUGAGCCACACGCACUUGGCUAUAUUUAUAUUAACAUAUUUUUACUUUUUUUUUAUUAUUAUAUUUGUGGUGUUUCUGUAAAGCAUGUUGCGCUUACUACAAUGUUGUUGUGUGGAUCUCAUCUGUAGCUCUCAGCAAUGUCCUAUUCUACAAAUAGGCAAAAUUAGCUUUAUUGUUGUCUUAGUUAUCCAAACAGGAGCGUUUUUUCCACCAUACACAAAAACCCGGCCCGCAUGCAAAGACGCUGAUGUCCUCCUGUAUUUACUCCCUUCUCAGAUUAAAAGAGUAGGCAGACUUCCAGCACAAGUGAAAA